GCUUGACGAAGAAAUGCGCCGACGAAGAAAUGCGGAUACGAAGAAAUGCGCUACGAAUUUUUGCACCUACGAAGAAAUGCGAGACGAAGUAAUGCGACACGAAUAAAUGCGCCGACGAAGAUUUGCGGACGAAGAAAUGCGGACGAAGAAUUGCGCGACGAAGAAAUGCCAUACGAAGAUUUGUCCUGGAAUCCGCGGCACGCCAGCACGGGGAGAUUGGUGGAUGUUUUUUGUUGUAUUUUUCCAUUUGGCUUAUGAACGGUUUUACGAUGGCUUCAAGCAAUGAAAAAGUACUUUUAAAGCAAAUAACAGACCUAACACGACAAAUAGAAAAUCAGAAAAGAGGGUUUGACAGAUAUCAACACAAGUCAAAAUCAAAGAACUUCACCAAGCCAUGGGCAAAGAAGUCAUCAACCACAUUCUACUCAAAUCAUGUGCAUGUCAAUAAGGCAGCAAGAAGCUGGCAAAAACCAACAGUGUUCAAUAAAGUGGCAGACCAGUCAGAGAAAUUGAACCACUCAAAAUUGGUAUUAAAAGUUUCUAAAACAAAACAGCAACAUCCAUUGGAAGGUUCUUCAUCAGUGAGUGGCAAUGCUGUGCAAAAGCCUAGCCAGGAGCCUAGCCAGGUUUUUGUCAACCCCAACUUUGUGCCUGCAAAAGUGGGAGUUACAGUCCACAUCAACCCCAAGUUUCAGUCACAGACUCCAGCUGUGACUGUGAAGGUGGGGAGCUCGGGGUCACUGGCUGGCCCCUCCUCAGCUGGUCCAGUUUCAGCAGCCAUCCACACCCCUCUCCCAGGAGUGGUGCUCUCCUCAGUGCCUGGCGCGGUGCCUCCAAUCACUACCUCUUCCGUCCCCUCCGCGGGCCCCUCUGCCCCGUCCCUGGGUCCCUCUGUCCCCUCUGUGGGCCCCUCUGCCCCCUUUGCAGGCCCCUCUGCCGUCCCGGCGCCGGGCGGCCGCACCCGCCGGCGCUCCCUCUCCCGCUACCGGCUGCUCACGGCAAGGAAACUGGUGCGCCGCCGCUCCAGAGAGGCGGCCCCGCACCCCACCGGUCACCGUGCCGCCGUCUCGCCACGGCCGCUGUCCGCCAGGAAACUGGUCAGCACGCGUCACAAGCUGGUGCGUGUGGUCAGUACUCCGCGCACGCAGCAGCUCGUCGGCAGACACACAGCUAAUGGAGCAGCAGGUACUCGCUCGUGGUCGCCCUCUGUGCCGUCCGGCCGUCCGGCCGUCUCCAGCCGAUACCGCCUGGUCCGCUCCACACCAGCGGCGGCGGCGGCGAUGGCAGUCAGGCCGGUCCUGUCCCAGCACCGCACGUGGAGGAGGAAGAGUAUCACUGCAACUCCUACCGCCCGGUUGACGAGUGCCGGCAGUCUCCGUCUGGGCUCCACACGGUUCGUUAACAUCGGAGGCCUUCUCUACAAAACUACGGCGAGAAAACUGCAGCGUGCCGUGCCGAAGUCGACGCAGAAGAACGGGGCUGCUGCCACAGGAUCGUCCGCCCGCUCCCCGGGUUGGAUCAGUGUCCGCGGCGCCCGGUUCCGUGUCGAGGCCGGCGGCCGCAGCCUCCGCCGCGUGGACCGCGGUACGCCGGCGCCCCCGCGACUGGAUAUCGGGGGUGUGACCUUCCGACCGGCGGCAGACGGCACACUGACGGCGGACAGUCGCCGCCAGACGAGUCGCACGGUCAUCAGCCGCGCCAAGUCGCGCAGUCUGGCGGUGCUGCGCGGCCCGCUGCGCCUCAGUCGCCAGCCGUGCCGCUUCUUCUGCCGCCUGGGCCGGUGUCGGCGUUACGAGCGCGACCAGUGUCCUCACGUGCACGACCCGGCUCUGCGACCCGUGUGCACCCGUCACCUACAGGAGGGCGGCUGCCGGCGGCCCGGCUGCGCCUACAACCACGCGCCGCGGCCGGAGAAGGUGCCGCACUGUCUACACUUCCUGACGUCCGAGUGUCGCAGGGAGAACUGUCCGUAUCAGCAUGUUAAUGUGGAUGCUGACGCGCCGCUCUGCACCAAGUUUCUGGCCGGUUUCUGCGCCCGAGGACAGCUGUGCACCGACAAGCACCUGUACAUCUGCCCCGAGUUCGGUGAGAAGGGCGAGUGUCCGCGCGGCACCUCCUGUCCGCUAGCACACCGCGCGCGUCGUCACCGGCGACGGAGUCAGUCCGCUAGUACCGCACCCGCCCGGCCGCUGCCCGAGACCACGCCGGUGGCGCCGCCACGCGGCCGCGGCCGGUACUACCUGGGCGACCGGCCGCAGCCGUCAGCGGCAGAGAGCGACUCGGAGACAGAGGAGGAAGAGGAGGUAGAGGGAGAGAGGAGGCCUCGGCCGCCCAUGGCCGAAAUGCCCUCGUUUAUCGCCAUCGCAGAUAGCAGUGACGAGGAGUAGUGAGGGAGUUACUCCCCCGGUGAGGGCGUUACUCCCCAAGUGAGGGGAGUUACUCCCUUAUGUCCGUUCCCCAGUGGCAAACUGGUGUCGAAGCUGGACGAAUAUCACGGAAGAUCCCUAGUAGUAACUAAAUAGCUUAGCGAACUAGCUAGUACGUGGCAUAACAUGCCUCUGAAAACCUAGGUAGUCUUGGGUCUUGGACCAACGACAUGGACGCAAACUAGAGUAGUUAAGUUUAUAGUGAAAGACCCAUGAGUCGGGAGCCUUGGAGGUGUGCGCAGACCUCAAGUAGUUUGUGCGAUAUGUUUAGUACAAUGCAUGCUAAAUCCUUGGUGCUAUUGUUUAGAAUUUGACCCGGUGCCGAUGUGUCCAAGGCUCGAAGUACAACGUGUGACUCUGUGCGGCUGCUUUGGGUGACGUGUGUUUGUGUGUGUGUGUGUGGGGGGGGGGGCUUCAGAUGUGAUUUGUGUAGUGUGAUCUGUAUUAUUGUAUAUCAAUACAAUUUUCAUACGACCGAGAA